AUGGCGCCUCCGCGCAGACCUCUGAGGGUAGCCAGGCCUGACUUUGCUCAGUCCGCCCUGCAGCAUCCUUCGGAGCCGGAUCGGCAGCAUGCUUUCGGAAGCGAUUCCAACAAACGCCGUAAAACAGACACCUUCUUCCGCCCCGCCCAACGCUAUGAGGCCCUCGACCCAGCGCUAGUGCAACCGACGUCACUCAUUCAGCAAGAGAACAACAUCCUGAUCACGCAAGACACCGGGAAGCAGUACCAGCUCGCGGUCAAGGACUUCAACGUGCGUGUGCGGGACAACCGAAUAAGGGCCAAAGACGAGCGGGUCUCUGAGUUGGAGGAGGAAAAUGAACUGAAGGACUUCAGCCUCAGCGAAGCUUUGCUCCGGAAGCAGGAACUGAUUCGGCAUGCGGAACGCCAAGAGCUCCUCAGCGAGGCUCAAGCCGCGCAUAUCCAGGAGCUAAUGUCGAUGGUCGCGUCCGACCGCGCCAAAUUGAUGCUUCAAGAUGAGGAGAUCCAUAUCCUGAAGGCCCAGCUAGAGACGCAGCAGCGGUACAUUAAAAACUUGGAGAAUCGCCGGCUCCUUGAUCAGGUGCUGGAGUACGCCAGACACCUGUUUGGCUGGGCCAUCGAGAGUUACGACAGGACGACCAUUUUCCCGUUAAUGCAGCUGCCUGGAGAGCUCCGGAACAAUAUAUAUAAGAGCUGCCUCGUUGCGCGCCGCCCCAUUGAUUUCUGGCCCAUGAUUGCGGAGGACGCGCCAUCAGGGACCACACGGGCAUCGAUCCUCCAGGAGAACCUCAAGCACAUCAACGUCAAUCUGCUUCGCGUUUCGCGCCAAGUCCACAAAGAGACCGUUGGUAUACUCUACGGUUGCAAUCGAUUCCGGUUCUCGGACGUAGGAGCCUGGACUGUGUUGGAAGGCUUCCUCACCCACCUGAACAGAAACUGCCGGCACAUUACCAACAUCUCGCUCGCCGCCAUAUUCGACGACGCCAUGCCUCUAGAGCAAGACGUUGAGCGCGCGAUCCGCGAAUACCAGCCCAUCCUCGAUCGAUUCAACAUGACGCUGGAUAGUCCUAUUGGUCCGGCAUUACAAACCGCGAAUGCCUCCAGCAGGGCAUCAGAAAUCUUGCUGAAGCUGCCCGGCUUGCGCAGCUUUACGAUAGUGAUGCCCUACAACGUGCAGCUGUACAGCUUUUCUGGCCGCCACCUCUGCAAGAUGUUAACAGACGACGAUCGAAGUCUCUACCCCGGUCAGAAGCCAGCUAGUAGUCCGGAGCGGGUGCUAGUCUUCUUGAGGCGCCCUCAAUACCGCCGUCGGGUGAUGUUCCAGUCAGAUCUGGAUGACGAUAGGCUGAUGGGGCGAAGGGAUCUGCAGCGCGAAGCACGCCGGCGAGGCGUGGAAAUCGAGCAUGGGGAGUAUGCCAGCCAUGCUGAUGGUGUGUCGUAUAUUCUUGAUUAUGAAGAGGACGAGUAUGACGUGGAUAUCCCAGAUUAUGUCGAGAAUGGAGGGGCUAGCAGAGUCCUCCUUCGUUCGCUGUAUGUGGCAAAGAAGAUGUUCGGCUAUUGACUUUGCUCAGCCUGGAGGCCAAGGAGGGGUGAAGUAAGACCGGGCUGAUCUCUCUGGCCUAGAGGUGAAUAGUCUCUGCUACCACGAAAGGAUGGAUAGCGAGGGAUUGCGAUGGUCGUGGUUCCAUUCACG